UCAUGUGACGGGGGAGGGGGGGGGCCGGUGAGCGCCGCUUUAUGUGAGGGCGGCCGCUGUCACUCUCUCACUGACAAACAUGUCGGCUCGGCGGGAUCCUCGGCCCCCGGCCCUCACGCACUGGCUCUGCCUCCUCGCCCUCUGCUGCCUGUCGGAUGCGGCCGAGUCCUUCGAUCGCACGGCUCUAUGCGGGUAUACAUGGGAAGCUAUAGAUUCAGAAAAGGGAAUACAUUACAAAAUAAACCUCUGUCAGUCUAUAGAUUGUGGGGUUCCGAGUGCCAUCUGUGCCUAUGACGUCUCAAAAAAAACCAACCAGUCAGUAGGUGAUUUUGCUUUGAACAGCAGUGCAGGGAACCACAUUGAAUUCAAUACUACCAAGAAAUGUUCAGACCAAAGUACCCAGCCUGUACAAAGUAGCAUCAAUUUCCUUUGUGGAAAAACCUUGGGUACUCCUGAAUUUAUCACUGUUUCGGAAUGUGUCCAUUACUUUGAGUGGAAAACCUUCGGAGCUUGCAAGAAGAGCACCUUUAAACCCCAGAAAGAGGUCCCGUGUUAUGUUUUUGAUGAAGAUUGGAAGAAACGUGAUUUGAAUCCACUGAUAAAGACCUCUGGAGGUUAUUUGGUCAGUUCUCCUGAUGAUGAUGACUUGUACAUCAACAUUUGUAGAGAUAUAGGUGGCUCGAGUGGCAACACCUCAAGUUGUAUAGCCGGGAGCAGUGCUUGCCUGUUGAAAGGAUCAGUUGCUUAUGAUGUUGGCCAGCCAGCUGAAGGUUUAAAACUGGUUGGUAAAGACAGGUUAGUUCUUCAUUAUACCAAACCACAUGCUGAAACCAAAAACCCUGUGUUUUGUGGCAUUCAUCAACCUGCAGUCACCAUUACAUUAAUCUGCCCAUCAGGAAGAAGACAGGGUGCAGAGCCUCAGCUAAUAACCAGCACCAACUGUCGGUAUGAGAUUGAAUGGAUUACUGAAUACGCUUGCCCCAAGGAUUACCUGGAGAGCCAUAGCUGUAUCCUCAACAAUACCCAGCACAACAUUGAUAUUGACCUGACACCCCUCAAGUUAACUGCUGGUUCUCCUCCCUACGUCACUAGGUCCAGCGAUGGAACUGAUGAAUAUUACUAUUACCUGAAUGUCUGUGGAGAAGUAAAGGCUGGCAACUGUAAUGAUCAAAGGGGUUUUGUAUCCUCUUGUCAAGUUAAACACGAUGGAACUUUAAGUAAGGUUGCAGGGAGGUUUCAAAAUCAGACGCUGAGGUAUUCAGAUGGUGACCUUACAUUAACCUACACGGAUGGAAAUUCGUGCAGCUCUGGAUUCCGGCGGAUGACUAUAAUAAACUUUCAUUGUAAUGAAUCAGCUGAUAAUAAAGGCAAAGGUGGUCCAGAAUUUGAUACUGAAGUGGAUUGUACAUAUAUCUUUAACUGGGGAACAAAGUAUGCAUGUGUCGAACAGAAAAACCUCGUUUGUAGGACUUCUGAUGGAAAGAAACAUUAUGACCUUUCACGUUUAACAAGAUAUUCGGCUGUGGAAGUUGCUGAGUCUGACAGUACACACAACUGGGAGGCAGUGUACGGUAGUAAGGGCACACCUAACCGAAGGCAGCUCUACAUUAAUGUAUGUCACCAAAUACUUCAGGAUGGGGGAGCCGUGGGAUGUCCUGACGAUGCAGCAAUCUGUGCCAUUAGUGGGAGUCAAAAAAAGAGUCUUGGAAAAUUUGUUUCAGCUCCUAAAAUAGUUGGCAAUAAUAUUCAGCUCACAUACUCGGAUGGUGAUCUCUGUGACAAACGUAAAAAUAUUCGAAUCAAAACCAUCAUCACUUUUGUGUGUAAACCUGGGGAUCUGGAGAGGCCUCCUAUUGUAAAGAACUCUGAAACUGAUAGCUGUUUAUAUGAAAUUGAAUGGCACACUGCUGCUGCUUGUGUCCUAUCAAAAAAACAGGGAGAUCACUGUAGGGUUUCAGAUCCAGAGGCUGGCUUUUCACUUGACCUUUCACCACUGACUAAACUGGGAACUGCAUACGAUGUUACUACUCCAAAAUACAACUUCUAUUUAAAUGUCUGUGGUAAUGUAUCACAGGAGUUGUGUCCACCCAAUGCUGGUGCCUGUCAGGUAGAUUCAAGCAAUAAGAAAGCUUGGAACCUAGGAUUCUUCAACUCCAAGCUGACAUACUAUGAUGGGAUCAUUCAUCUGACCUAUACAAAUGGAACACCCUAUAACAGCGUUCAACAUACUCAGCGUUCCACGCUCAUAACGUUCCUGUGUGAUUGGGAUGCAGGAGUAGGGCAGCCUGAAUUUCAGGAGGAAGACGACUCCACUUACAACUUCAAGUGGUACACCAGAUAUGCCUGCCCUGAGGUGCCCCUAGAGUGUAUAGUGACUGAUGAGGAAAACAAACAACAGUAUGACUUGUCAAGUUUAUCCAAGUCUGAAGACAAGGAUGAAAGCAACUGGUAUGCCAUGGACACCACUCCAAAACAACAUAAGAAGUAUUACAUUAAUAUCUGCCGACCUUUGAACCAUGUCCAAGGUUGUGACCAUUAUGCAGCAGUUUGCAAGAUGCGAUAUGAAAGUGAAUCGGACAUGAUUUUUGAGAAAGUGGCCAUCAGUAAUCUUGGAAUUGCCCAAAAUGGUCCCAAGCUGGAAGGAGUGGGUCGAGUUCUUUUGGAAUAUACAAAUGGUUCAAUAUGCUUGAAUUCAGAUGGCAAAACUCUCUUCUACACUACCCGUAUCCAUCUGAGUUGUUUAAGAGGUUCAACGUCCACUGGUCCAAGGUUUGUUAAUGACAUCGACUGUGUGGUCACGUUUUUGUGGGAAACUGAAGCAGCCUGCCCGAUCACAACAGCGAAGAACGAGAACUGUUCAGUGAAGGAUCCCAACACUGGUUUUAUCUUUAACUUUCUGCCUCUGUCUUCAAAAAAUGGUUAUAAAGUGAGUGGAAACCAAGCAACCUUUAAGCUUAACAUCUGCGGUAGUUUAAGUGAAUGUGGGAAAUUUGGUGAACAGUCUGCAGCUGGAUGUGAGAUUGAAAAAAAUGCACCAAUACGGCAAGUUGCACUGGAAACGGAUCUUGAGCUUUCUACUGAUGGUCUCAUAACCCUCACUUACAAAGGUCCAUUCGUGGCAGAAGCAGGGACUCAGGAUAAAUUCAUUAUCCGUUUUGUUUGUGAUCCUGAUUCCUACCCUGGGACACUCAAGUUUCUGCGUGAAGAAAUUGGUGUUGCUCUACAUGUGCAUGACACCUACUUUGAAUUUUACACAGCAUUGGCUUGUUUCCCAGCCCCCGUGGACUGUCUUGUUAGUGAUUCGGCUGGUAAUCUGUAUGACCUGAGUGACCUUGCAAGAGACCGUAGUCCUUGGAUUGCAGUGGAUACAACUCAAGAUAGGAAAAAACGUACAUUUUAUCUCAAUGUGUGCAAACCUUUACCUCCAGUGCCCGGUUGCCCUGGUGGUGCUAUAGGAUCUUGCGUAAAAUAUGCUGACAAAAGCCAGAAUCUCGGUUAUGUUCAGAUGAGUCCACAGGCUGGAACUGAUGGCUCCCUCAGUAUUGUGUACUUAAAUGGUGAUGUUUGCAAAGCCAACCAGCGAUAUUCUACACGUAUCCUCUUCCAGUGUGAUGAAACUGCAGGAUCCCCUGUAUUUGAAGAAUCAGAUGAGUGUGAAUUUCUUUUCGUGUGGAGAACACCAGCUGCCUGUUCGAUUGUUCGGGCUAGUGGUGAAAAUUGUAGGGUUAAGGAGCCAAAAUAUGGUUAUGAGCUUGAUCUGAAUCGUCUUGCCCACAAGAAUUACCAAGUGAAUACUGACAAAUAUACGUAUCACUUCAGAGUGUGUGACCACUUAAAUGGACACGAAUGCAAUGCUGCCCAUAGAAGUGGGGCAAAUGCAGUGUCUGCAUGUCAGGUGCAGAAGGAUAACCCCACAGCCGACAAAACUGCAGGGCUCAUUACCCAUAACAUAAUCUAUGAAGAUGGAUUGAUAAUGAUUAACUACACCAAAGGGGAGAAGUGCCACAAAAUAUAUGAACGAUCCACAGCCAUCCUGUUCUACUGUGACCACAGUCAAAAUCCGGGAGAACCAAAGUUUUUGAGAGAAACUUCAGACUGUACGUACUUGUUUGAAUGGCACACUUCCUAUGUUUGUCCGCCUUUCACAUCCAUCGAUUGCACUUUAAGAGACGAUGAUGGGAAUUCUUACGACCUUACACCUUUGUCCCGAUAUCGAGAUAACUGGGAGAUCCUAUCAAUAGAUAAUGGGCAGAAGUACUACAUCAACGUCUGCAAGUCUUUGGUCCCUCAAAAUGGGAGUUGGGUCUGUCCGCUUAAUGCUGCUGCCUGCCUAAAGAAUGGCACCAAGUACAUAAACCUUGGGACAGUAGCUGGAGGGCCAAAGUGGGAACAUGGCCUGCUUGUCCUACACUAUCAAAGUGGUGACAGAUGUCCUGAUGGAAUUCGCAACAAGACAACAAUCAUACGUUUUCAGUGUGAUGCAAAUGCAAUUGACACAAAGCCAAAUCUAAUCACUGCCAUUGAAGAUUGUGUGUACACGUUCUUGUGGUUCACGGCUGCUGCUUGCCGAGUAACUGAAAAUGUGCAUGACCGGUGCACUGUGACUAAUCCAAUUUCAGGACAUUCAUUUGACUUGAAUCCUUUGAGAAGAAAUCAGAACCACAUCAUUUAUGACAGCAAGAUCCAAGGAAAUUUUGUUGCCCUGCAAAUAUGUGAUAAGGUGUCUGGCACAAGGUGUUCAGGAAAUGAUGUUGGUGUGUGUAUUACUGACCGGCAACGUUCAAUCAAUGCAGGGAGAUUUAAUCAGAAAUUGACUUAUGCUGAUCAGGUGCUAAAGCUCACCUAUAGUAAUGGUGACCGUUGCUCAAGCAAUCCAUCGCUUAACCACAGAAGUAUCUUCAGUUUUGUUUGUGGUUCUGGUGUCACCACAGAACCUGUCCUUGUGGCUUCAGAUGAGAAGACAUGCACACAUUACUUUUCUUGGCACACACAGCUGGCCUGUGAACAUGAGGUGAAGUGCUCAGUGAUGAAUGGCACUUCUGUUAUUGACCUGAGUCCUCUGAUCCAGAAGACUGGAUACUACUCUGCAAUUGAUGAGGAUAUUGUAGAUGGUCGGGAUGAUACGCCUAACUUUUACAUCAACCUUUGCCAGCCACUGAACCCUAUUCCAAAUGUUGUGUGCCCCCCUGGAGCAGCUGUGUGCAUGGAUCCAGUGAAUGGGCCCCCUGUGGAUAUUGGUCGCAUCUCGUGGCCCCCACAGAUCAAUCGAAUAACUCAGGAGGUUUACAUUUCUUUUACCAGCAAUACAACUUGUGAAGCCAACAAAUUGCUCAACUAUGACUCCCUCAUUGCAUUUCACUGUGUCCGAGGCAUAGACCUGGGAAGACCAAAGAUGAUGCGACAAUCUGAAUGCAGCUAUGUCUUUGAAUGGGGAACUCCGUUGGUCUGCCCAGAUUCUGUGAUGACAUCUGGCUGCUCGCUGACUGAUGAGCAGCUACAGUACACUUUCAAUCUGUCGGUUUUGACUGGAGGAAAAUACAAGAUACAAUCUGAAAAACAAAUCUAUUACCUUGAUGUAUGUGCAGCAGUAUCUGAUCUACCAGGGAAAAAGUGCAAGGACAGUGCUGUGUGCUUGUUAUCUGGCAACAAAGCGGUUUCGUUUGGGAAUCCCAAAGCAAUGACUUUAGAAUACAUACACCAGGAUAAUGCUAUAGUUAUGCACUAUGGCAGUGGUGACCCGUGUCCAAAACGAACUACAGAUGGAGGAUUUUGCAUAUUUCCUUUCAUAUUUAAUGGAAAUCAUUAUACUGAUUGCACAGUGGAUGGAAGAAGUGAUGGGCGCCUGUGGUGUGCAAAAACUGAGGACUACGAUCGGAACAAAGAAUGGGGAUUCUGUGUAAAUGAGUAUUCAAUAACCAACACUCGAUCAUCAGCCAUCAUCUUUAAGUGUGACGAAAGCGCUGACAAGGGAACACCUACAAUACUGAGUGAAACCCUUGAUUGUACUACAAUUUUUGAAUGGAAGACUAGUGCAGUCUGUCCACCCAAACGGAUGGAAUGCAAGAUAAUAUAUAAUCACAAAAUCUAUGACUUGAGAAUGCUUUCAUCUCUUACUGGAUCGUGGCAGUUUGCUUAUCGUGGUGAUGCGUUUUACAUAAACCUCUGUCAGGGUGUUCGGGAAGGACCCCCAGACUGCCCUGCACACGCCAGUGUGUGUAGAGUUCGGAAUGGUGAAACAAAAGUUUUAGGAAUCGUUUAUACUCAAAAGAUUACCAUUCAAGAUGAGAGAGUUUAUGUUAAUUACUCAAAUGGUGAUUUAGUGUGUAACAAUGGCAACCGUGCAACAACUAUUCUACUUCUGCAGUGCUCCUCAACAGGCAGCUCACCAAUGCUGCAAAGGAUUGAUGAAGAGAAAUGUGAGUUUUCAAUCCUAUGGCAGACUCGUGCAGCCUGUGCUGUCAAACCCCAAGUGGUCAAAAUGGUGAAUGGAACCAUUGUCAACCAAUCAACUGGCCAGACAGUUGAUUUGUCAGCUAUUUAUUCCAAGUUUUAUAGAGCUGCAGGUGAUAUACGAUCAAAUGGUGACCAAUAUAUCUACGAUAUUCAGCUUUCUGGGAUCAAGGAUCCUGAACACUCUGCCUGCCGUGGCUCCAACAUCUGCCAGAUCAAAUCUAAUAAUGUCUACUUUAGACGCAUUGGAGAAACCUCUGAAGCAACUUACUAUUUUGAAGAUGAUGACGUGGACAUAUUGAUUUCUUCCAAUUCUCCCUGUGGGAGAGAGAAGUCCAAGAAUGUCUCCUCUACAAUAUCUCUCCACUGCAGUCAGUCAGCGGGGGAAGGUAAACCUGAUUUCCUCCACGAGACCUUGGACUGUCAGUACCAGUUUUCAUGGUAUACAUCAGCUGUCUGUGCAUUUGCGCCAGACAUUUCAGGAAAUUCGGGUAAACUGCCAAAUGGAGAUAGUCACACGGGCUUGUCUGGAAGGAGCCGAGCUGUUGGAGCGAUGCUCAGUGUAUUGCUGGUGGUACUGACUGCUUGUUUGCUGAUCCUGUUACUCUACAAACGGGAAAGAAGGGAAAUGGUUCUACAGAAAAUGACUGGUUGUUGUAGGAAAGGAUCUGGUGUUUCAUACAAGUAUACGAAGAUUAAUGGAGAAGAGGAGGGGGAUGAUAAUGAGACUGAAUGGCUUAUGGAAGAAACUACGUCAUCUGAGAAUGGACAGAUGUCAGCAAAGGAAAGUCAUGGAAAUGGUCUGAACCAUGUCACCACAAAAACUGUGAAUGCUGAUGUCUUGGGAUCAUUUGCAUUAGAUGAUCAGGACAGUGAAGAUGAAGUCUUGACAGUCCCCCAAGUGAAAAUCAACUCCACCAGGACGCAAGAGUCCAAGAAUGCAAGCAGUCCUUGGCAUGGGCAAAGGAAGUCAUUCCACAAUGGGAGUGAUGAAGAUUUGAUUGAGUUACAUAAAGAAAGGAAGGAGAGCAAGAAAAAAAGCAAAACUAAUCAACAAAAAAAAAUGAAUGGCAAGGCAAACAACUCAGCAAAUUUCACUUCGUUUCAUGACGACAGUGACGAAGACAUGCUGAACGUUUAACUCUUGUGCCUGUCUCCUGGUGAGCCAGAUGGGACGCCCAGCCCUGUAGAUUGGGAGGAAAUCUGCCUGUCAUGCACUCUGCUGAAUGUUUGGACUUGAUUUCUGCAAGUUAUACGAGAGAAGGGACCUGCAUAAACACUCCUGAUUGUUUACAAUGAUGUGUAAAGACAAAUUUUUUGCUGAAUUCUUAGCAGUUGCCUAAAGGAUAUUUAAAAAAAAGCUUGUGCACAUGACCAUUUCUUUGGGGACAAUAUUUGUUGACUCCCAAGUUUUGCAAAGAGCUCUGCCACGGUUUCUUUAACUUUGUUCAAACUGUUUUUUUCCAAGAGGAGGGGAGGAAAGUUGAGUAAAAAGAAUGUGUUACUGUACAGCCGAGUAUGUUCGAUUUAGCUUCCAUGAAGCACUGCCCCCAUAAGUUAUUUAUUGGAAAUAAAAUAAUUAGCGCAGGUUAAUGGAUACUGAUCCUUUGAUCUUCCUCCCAGAUGAGAAAUGGUAUUAUUAUAAUGUGAUGUAGGGAAGUACCAAAGAUUUGGAUCUGAUCAGCCUUUGGGGGGGCGUUAUGUUUACCUUUGUUUUCCUAAUCAAUUUUGGGGGAAAGGAAACGAUAGACCAAAUAUUAGUAAUUUGCACUAUUUCAGUGAAAAUAUUAUUAUGUGCAGGUAUAUAAGCCAGCAGGAAUGAGGUAUCUGUCAGAUCCAGGCCUUUUGCACAGCCCUCUGCCAACUGUGCUCAAAAUUAUUAUUCGCCAUACUUUGAUGGGUUGGUGCCAAAGUGUGGGUAGAAAUGUGUUGGGCAGAUGUUUUGCUGACUUUUUGUAUGUACUUCUGGUUUGGGUUCAGAGACUCUUUUUAUUCGUCAAUCAAAGGUUUGUGAUUUUUGUUUCCUACUUCCAGUUUGAUAAUUCUGUUGUAAUGUACAUUUCAAUAAAAGAUGAAAUAACCCCAUUUUAGUUCUGCUCCAUGUAACAUUUUUACAUGUAAAAUUGUCUGGUCAUUUUGUCAGCAAAAUAAAAUAUUGCCUUUUCUUGUCAUUCAAAAGCA